AUGGUCUUCCAUGUUGAGCUCCUGGAUAAGGAAGGUGGUGAGAUCCGCGCGAGCUUCUUCAAUGAAGCUGCGGAGAAGCUCUAUGACCUCAUGGAGGUGGGCAAGUGCUUCACGCUGAGCAAGGGAAGUGUGCGAAUCGCGAACAAGCAGUACAACACCUGCAAGCACCGUUACGAGCUGGUCUUUGACAAGAUGUGCCAGGUGGAUCCCGUCGAAGAUGACAGCAGCAUUGACACUGUAAAGUUUGCAAUUGAGAACAUCCGCUCAGUUCAGGGGAAGACACUGCCUUGCAGUGUGGACAUUUGCGGCAUCAUCACGGCGGCCGACCCCCCGAUUGCCUUCGAGUCCAAGGAUAAGAAAGCCUUGGUGAAAAGGCAGCUCACGAUUGCCGAUGACAGCGCUUUCAGCUUGAUGGUCACCAUUUGGGGAGAUCGUGCCCAGAAGGACGACUCUGUCUUCCAGGGCAACCCUGUGGUGGCCAUGAAGGGAGUCCUCGUUAAGGAGUGGCAGGGCGGCCGAAGCGGUUCUCUGAUGGAGGCUGGAUCUAUGGUGCUGAAUCCUACCGACAUGCCAGAGGCAGAGAAGGUUUUGGAGUGGUGGAAGCUGGGUGGCAACGAGCAGACCAUCACCUUCAUUUCGCAGACCACCGGCGUUCCUGGUGGUGGUCGAGUUGCUGGUAAGAAUGCGGAUGCGAUGGAGAUGAAGAAGCUUUCCGAACAGGUGUUGGGUGAGCAAGAAAUGUACUCAGUGUACUGCCGCCUUGCGUCCGUGCAGCUUCGAAAGAAGGACGAGGUGCAGCCUUUGUGCUACAUCGCCUGCUUGGAGCCCAAAGAGGGAAACAAGUUGCCGUGCAACCGCCGGGUGGAUGAGAACGGCUUCUGCGCCACCUGCCAGAAAGCCGGGAAGGUGGCUCCAAGGCUGAACUUGCGCUGCCGCUUUGACGAUGCCAGCGCUCACUUCUGGGUCACGACGUUCCAUCCGGCAGCGGAGAAGGUCUUGUCCCUCACAGCCCAGGAGGUGCAGCAGCUGGAGCAGGAGAGCCGCGAGGUCUGUGAAAGCAGACUGAAGGAAGCCUACUAUGGCGAGGUCAUGCAGGUCCACUUGCGCGCAAAGCCGGACAACUACAACGGCGAGACGCGGACCAACAUCUCCUGCGUGGCUGCGCAGCCGGUCCCAGUUCGAGAGCACUCUCGCAUCAUGCUGAAGGAGAUUGAUGAGCUCCUGGCAAAGUCCUGGGCAUGCGGCGAGAUCCGCGCGAGCUUCUUCAAUGAAGCUGCGGAGAAGCUCUAUGACCUCAUGGAGGUGGGCAAGUGCUUCACGCUGAGCAAGGGAAGUGUGCGAAUCGCCAACAAGCAGUACAACACCUGCAAGCACCGUUACGAGCUGGUCUUCGACAAGAUGUGCCAGGUGGAUCCCGUGGAAGAUGACAGCAGCAUUGACACCGUAAAGUUUGCAAUUGAGAACAUCCGCUCAGUUCAGGGGAAGACACUGCCUUGCAGUGUGGACAUUUGCGGCAUCAUCACGGCGGCCGACCCCCCGAUUGCCUUCGAGUCCAAGGAUAAGAAAGCCUUGGUGAAAAGGCAGCUCACGAUUGCCGAUGACAGCGCUUUCAGCUUGAUGGUCACCAUUUGGGGAGAUCGUGCGCAGAAGGACGACUCUGUCUUCCAGGGCAACCCUGUGGUGGCCAUGAAGGGAGUCCUCGUUAAGGAGUGGCAGGGCGGCCGAAGCGGUUCUCUGAUGGAGGCAGGAUCCAUGGUGCUGAAUCCUAGCGACAUGCCCGAGGCAGAGAAGGUCUUGGAGUGGUGGAAGAUGGGUGGCAACGAGCAGACCAUCACCUUCAUCUCGCAGACCACCGGCGUUCCUGGUGGUGGUCGAGCUGCUGGCAAGAAUGCAGAUGCGAUGGAGAUGAAGAAGCUUUCCGAGCAGGUGUUGGGUGAGCCAGAAAUGUACUCAGUCUACUGCCGCCUUGCGUCCGUGCAGCUUCGAAAGAGGGACGAGGUGCAGCCUUUGUGCUACAUCGCCUGCUUGGAGCCGAAAGAGGGAAACAAGUUGCCGUGCAACCGCCGGGUGGAUGAGAACGGCUUCUGCGCCGCCUGCCAGAAAGCCGGGAAGGUGGCCCCAAGGCUGAACCUGCGCUGCCGCUUUGACGAUGCCAGCGCUCACUUCUGGGUCACCACAUUCCACCCCGCUGCGGAGAAGGUCUUGUCCCUCACAGCCCCGGAGGUGCAGCAGCUGGAGCAGGAGAGCCGCGAGGUCUGUGAAAGCAGGCUGAAGGAAGCCUACUAUGGCGAGGUCAUGCAGGUCCACCUGCGCGCAAAGCCGGACAACUACAACGGAGAGACGCGGACCAACAUCUCCUGCGUGGCUGCGCAGCCGGUCCCAGUUCGCGAGCACUCUCGCAUCAUGCUGAAGGAGAUUGAUGAGCUCCUGGCAAAGUCCUGGGCAUGCCAGUUCUUGAGCGCCAUGGCGCUGAAUUCAAGCCGUCGCCGGCGCCUGUGCAAUGGAGGCUCCUUUCAGCAGAUGCUGCUGAUCCUGAUAGGUGCUGUUCUCUUUACCUUUGUGACAGCGUUGAUAGCUCUGUACCUGGCCAUCAGUGGGGAGGCUCCGGGUUCCGCCCCAGUGCAGCGGCUUCGCCGGGCACAUUCCGUGGCACUGCAGGUGGUGGAGCGCGCCAGCAGGGCGGUCCAGGGAGUAACUUCAGCCCCUCCGUUGUCGACAGCGCCGCCAGCGCCGAGCGACUGGAGGGUCAGCGCUCCCAGCGCUCCCAGCGCCGCAGUCUCCGGCGCGGGCGCGGGCGCUUUGGCUUCUGCCGCCGACGAGUGGAAGCCCCUGGCGGGCGGCAGAGCCGGGAUCGUGGUCAUAGCGCACGACCGGACGGAUUGCUUGGCGAGGUGCCUGGACUCCUUGCUGAAGCAGCCAGACCUUGGGCUCUUCCGCUUGGCCGUCUCCCUGGAUCACAGCCCCUCCUUCGCCAAAAUGGAGGCGGUGGUCCAGACGGUGUCCACCAAGCACCGCGUGGAGGUCUGGAAGAAGCCGGCGGAUCCAAGAGACAAGGUGGCUGUUGCGAAAAUUGGGUCGCACUUCAGAUUCGCCCUCUCGCAAAGUUUCGAGGUGGCGGGAUAUGAAUUUGCGAUUCUGCUGGAAAAUGAUUUGGUGCCCGCGCCGGACUUUCUCUGGUACUUUCGAAUUACCGCACCGCUGCUGGAGAAGGACUCCUCGCUUUGGUGCGUCUCUGCAUGGAAUGACAAUGGCUUUAGAGAGGUCGUCUCUGAUGAGCGCCGCCUUUUCAGAACAGACUACUUCCCGGGCUUGGGAUGGAUGAUUCGCAACGACACCUGGCCGCUGCUGAGGGACGUGUGGCCCCGCUUCCCCAGCACCGGCUGGGACCACUGGCUCCGGCACGGCUCUGGGCUGCGCACGCGCAGGGAGUGCGUGGCACCGGAGGUGCCCCGGACCAAGCACGUGGACUCCAAGGGGACCAACGUCAAGGCCGGCUCUUCCAUUGCCAAACUCCUGGAGAGGAUGGCAACCAGCACACUGCCACAUGGUGAGCUGGGCGACGUAUCAUAUUUGCUGAGGGACAGGUACGAGCCCAAACUGCAGGCACUGCUAAAGGAAGCAGAGCUGGUCGUCACCUUGGAGUCUCUCCGAACUGCGGAUGCUUCCGACGGCAGAUACCGAAAGCUUCCGUAUAGCAGAGAGGAGUUCCCAGCGAUUGCCACGAAGCUCCAGAUCUAUCCUGGCCAACCCAGGGGCUCCCACCGAGGAGUGAUCCUGCUGCGGCAUCCGCAGUCGCACGUGCCGGUGGCGUUGGUGGACAGGCGCCAGGGCGAGGGACUACUGCCGGACAGCGAGCUGUGGCUGCCGCAUCCGGACGUGGCCAUCAUGACUGGAAAGCCAAACCAAGCAUGCCAACAAGUCUGCCAGCAGGUGCUGCCGCGAGCCGCCUCCAGGAGAUGCAGGCGAAGAAGUGCAGGCACGUUCGUUUUAGUUCCAGUCUUAGCGGCGCUCGCAUCGUCCUCUGCCAGCUUCUGCGGCAGCAGCCGCAGCGGCAUCGAUGUCCGCCAACUGCAAGACACAGCUGGCCAUCGCCAGAAUCAACGUAGGCAGAUAGAGAUCAAGUCGUCGGCACUUCCAAUGCAGGAAGGUGGAGUGGCAGGAGUUGAUGGAGAAAUCAGCGCAUCCCCAACUCCAGUCGUGCUAUUGCUCCAUCCCGACGCGGGAUCACCAGGCUUUGCGGAGGUGCCCCAUCUGGGCACCUUGCUGGGCGCGGAGCCCAGCUGGGCGGAGGCCGCCGAGCAGCUGGUGCGCCGCGUCCGCUGGGACCUGGCGGGAGCCGCGGACCUCAGAGCCAUGUCCACCAACGAGCUGUGCCAGGGAGCUGGAUCCAAUUUGCCCUCUUUCGACUUUGUCCUGGGCGUGGAUUUGGUGAGUGACCCUCCCAAGGAGUGUUCAGAGAUGGUGCAGCAAGUGCUUCGCAACGCAUCUUCCAGGCUAUUCAUUUCUAGUUCGAAAGAUCGCAGUGUGGGCUCUUUCUGGACAUCCAUGACUUCUUUGUCAGGUGCAGGAGAGCAGCAGCUCUCAGACCCGGGGCCACUAGGCGUGCAAGCUGCCCUUGGGGGUUACCAGGAGGCCGUGAAGCUCCGAAGCGAUGUGAUGGACCUAUGGCACCGCCGCACUGCUGAAGAGGCGGUGUAUGCGAUGCUGGUCCUCAUCGACGGAGCGGUGACGACCCUCUCCUAUAUGGCCGCUCAGCGGCCCGUUCCCACGUCCGAGACGAUCUUCCGAGCCAUCGACAAGUGCCAGGACCAGUUUCGCAACUGCUUCACGCAACCGCGCUGUCUUCAGAGCCUUGCAUGCCUUUCACAGUGUGGUCUUGCCGACCAGUCAUGCUCCUACCGUUGCAUCGUGUCCUACCAGAGCGACGCCUUCACGGAAUUCUCCCUGUGCGCUUUGCAGAAACAGAACCUGCUGAACUCGCAGAUUGAGCGGCCGCAGACCCCCCGUGCGAAGCCCAUGGAGACGUUCAGAGGUGCAGAGCUCACGCACGAGGUGGCGGAGAGCAUCCUAGUGGGCCAUUUUGAUCCAGGCAGCGACCAUCGUCACAGUUGGUUGGUGGCAGCUGGGUCGAAUCCGGCCUACGAACAGUUUGCCUUGCAGUACCAGCUUUGGUACAAAGGCUCAGGCAAGAACACCUUUUGGUAUCAUCCUACCUUUCUGGUGGAGGCUUUGGAUGGCGCCAAGCUUUGGCGAACCAGAGACUAUCGCGUGAGGAGGAGGGACACGCCAGGUAUGUGGGAUUUUUCCGUGGUGGACAACGGCAUCAUUUCAGAGGAGAAGUGGCAUCUCCUGGGUGCGGACGACGACCUGCAGUGGCUGGUGUUGUUCUAUGUAGGUGUUGCUCGAAAAGCUGGGCUGGCGUACAGGGGAUGCCUGAUUCUGACACCAGAGGGGCAGAUGCCGAGCCCGGAGCAUUCCGAGGCGAUCGCUGCUGCCAUUGCCAGGGCGGACAUGAAGCCAUGGGAGCUCGAAGCGACCAGCAACCCGCCAGUGGAUCCUGCUAAUCCUCCGCCUCUCAUAGCUCCUGAGACACAGGAACCUGCUCCUCUUCUUAGGGCAAUGGCCUGAAAGGCCCCUCAAUCCUAUGCCGAGUUGGCAAUCCGUUAAUGUGCUGCCUGCCUACGUGGCUGCAUUUUCUGUACAUUCGGGCAGCUGCGUCUUUCCGCAGCUUUUCUGCCGGAGAUCUUCGGUGCGUGCCGCACCAAAGCGUCUGAGAGUCGGUCGCAGCCUCCAUGCUUGCACGGUACCA